CCACCAUGGCGGCAGAGCGGGACCGCGAGCGGGAGCUGCGCUUCUACCGACGGCUGCCCAAAGCGGAACUCCAUGCUCAUUUGAAUGGCUGUAUCAGCACUGCUACUAUGAAGAAACUCAUGGCCCAGAAGCCAAACCUUCAGAUCCAGAAUGGAAUGACUGUGAUUGAUAAAGGAAAGAAAAGAACCUUAGAUGAAUGUUUUCAGAUGUUUCAGAUCAUCUAUCAGGUUACCACAAGGACUGAAGAUAUUUUACUGAUAACUAAAGAUGUCAUUAAAGAAUUUGCUGAUGAUGGUGUUAAGUAUCUGGAAUUGAGAAGCACUCCAAGAGAAGAAAAUGCCACAGGUAUGACCAAAAGAAUGUAUGUUGAAACUGUACUUGAGGGUAUAAAGCAGUGUCAAGAAGAAGGCUUGGAUAUAGAUGUAAGGCUGUUAAUAGCAAUAAACAGAAGAGAUGGCCCAGCAGUUGCUAAGCAGACUGUUAAACUUGCUGAAGAAUUCCUGCUUUCCAGUGAUGGGGUUGUAGUAGGACUUGACCUCAGUGGUGAUCCCACUGCAGGACAUGGUCAAGACUUCUUGGAACCACUCUCAGAAGCAAAAAAAGCAGGUCUAAAGCUAGCACUGCAUCUUUGUGAGAUUCCAAAUCAAGAAGAGGAGACCAGGAUUCUCCUGGGCCUGCCUCCUGACAGAAUUGGACAUGGAACAUUUCUCAACUCCCCAGCAGCAGGUUCUGAAGAGAUAGUGUCACUGGUUCGGCAGAAUCAUAUACCUAUUGAAUUUUGCAUGACAUCAAACAUAAAAUCUCAGACAGUGCCUUCCUGUGACAAACACCAUUUUGGAUACUGGUACAGCUUGGGCCAUCCUGCAGUGCUUUGUACUGAUGACAAAGGUGUCUUCGCCACUGACCUAUCACAAGAAUAUGAGCUGGUUGCAAAAACAUUUAAUCUGACUCGAUCACAGAUGUGGGAUCUUUCAUAUGAAUCAAUCAACUAUAUUUUUGCUUCAAAUGCAGUAAAAUCCAAGCUGAGGGAGCAAUGGUGUAAGCUGAAGCCAGCUCUGUUUGAUCAACCAGACUGUUGUCCUGAAUAGCUUGGGUGUAUUAGCUAAGUUAAUAAGCUUUUUUUACUGAAGUCCCCAGCUUUUUUCAGACCUCAGGGUUUUUAACCCAGCCAUAAACUGCCUGUAUGAAUUGAAAGCAACUGGAAUGCAUCCCUUGUAACUGGGGACAGAAGUAAAUGUUCUUUUGGUAUGUGAGAGGGGUUCUCAAGCAGUGACUAAAAUGCCAGAUGUGUUUGUCACCUUGUUUCUAUUGAGUUGAUAUGACAUUUAAAAAAAUACUUAGUUGAAAUGUCAUCAUAAUAUAAAUAUUGAAGAGCUGGAACAAAAUAAAGGCAGAGCUAUUGGUGUUUAAAACAUCUCUGUUGGCAGCAUUCAGCCAAGCAGUUUGAAUGUGUGGUGUGUAUUUUCGGGGUUUGUAUUGUUUUCAGGUUUUGAGCUCUUGACUGAACGUCAAGACAGAAACCAACUCAGGGAGAACUAAAUAUUUAUACCAAGGAAUUAAUGUUGUAUCUGUUUUUAUUGCUGUACAUGUAUGACUAAAGCUGCUGUGGGUUGAGUAGCACGUGGGGGUCUCUGCUGGUGCCCUGGGCACUGGUGGUGUGUAGGCACUUAAGAAUCUUGAAUGCCUUCAGUAACAGAGCUACUUGGCAAAGUGGUCUCGUUCUUAAAAUGCUUUUUAGAAUUGCUGUUUGUUGUGUAAAAAAAGGAAUAAAAAUAGCCUCAAGCUCCAUGUUUUUGAAACCACUACUUCAAGGUGUGCAUGUGUGUGUUUGAGCUGUACAGAAGAGAAGCAGGAUUCUGUGGGGUGAGUCCCUGAGCACCGUGCUGCCUGCCAGCCUCUCCCUGCUGCUGUGGCAGCCCCUGGCUCUCCCUGUCCUGGGCAGCCACAAGGCUCACUCUGCCCUCUCCAAGCACCUGCCUGUGUGUUCUGGUGCUGAGAGCUCACAAAGUCUGAAUGUGCACAUGCUGCAGUUUGUGUCAUAGGAGUCAGGAGGUCACCUGGAGGAUUCCAUCUGUGUGCAGUGAAAGAACCAGGAAUGUACGUGGGUGGCUAAAGAGCAACACACAGAGCUGGGAUUUCUGUGUAUAGGAGUCUGUGAGUUACUGCAGUUAUUUACACAGCAGAAAUGCUACACUUAGGAAGCUGGACAGGAUGUGGACUUUUGGAAUGAAGAAUCACCAUCUGAUGUCAUGCACAGUUCCCAAGAUGACCAUUGCAACUUGAAAUCCUCUUAGUGUCCCUGGGCUAGUUUUCCAGUUUAACUUUUGUAAAUAAAACUGCAGUUUCCUUCUUUUACUUCAUGUAGCAUUAUAGUUAAUUUUAAUUUAAGCACUUCUUGUUAAGCCUGCUUGUCAAAUUCUAUAAACUACUGUUUAGUUUAUAAUAUUGUAUAAAAAUGACUGUGGCAUGCAGAGUGAAACAUCAUCACAGAAUUAGCCAUCAGUAAUGGGGCAGAGAAGAUUUUUUUCCCUGAACGCAAUGGAAAUUUUGAGUAACUGCUACUGGAAU